GGUGUCGGUGCAUAAAUCCUUUUAACCUAUAUGGCAGACAAAACGGACGCGCAAGUUGAAUGUUUUAGACCCAUGAUGCAAAAAUGUUGCCACUGCUGCUUCAGAGUUUUAUGAAAUGCUAUGACGUCGCAGUUACGUGACCACAGAGGGAUUUUAACUGGAAACGGCAGGAGACGAAGAGGCAACUUAGAGGCUGAUUUAAUUAACAUCAGUCAGGAGUCAGUUUGUGUUUUUAUCAGGGUUGUGGAAAGAGAGUCAUCAUCAGUGAUUAGUCAUCUGGUAAGGAGUGCCGGAGCUUUUAGGUGGCGGAGUGGCAGACAGCGCCACCCAGGCGUGCAGAGUGGGACUGCAUCCCGUCUCACAACAGUCAACCAACUCCUGAAGCGCCGCAGCCGCCGCCAGAUGGACUGCGCACUCUGAGAACAAACACCAGCCAGGACCGAAAUCUACAGAGGAGAGGAGAGGAGCCGGGGGAGAAGCUCACCGGAGCAGGAAAGGGAGGCCAUUGUUCGGCAGGGAGAGAGGAGGAGAGGACGAGGGGCUCUACGAUGUCGUCAAACAGGACCCAGAACCCCCACGGACUGAAACAGAUAGGCCUGGACCAGAUAUGGGACGACCUGCGGGCUGGAAUCCAGCAGGUGUACACACGGCAAAGCAUGGCCAAGUCACGCUACAUGGAACUCUACACACAUGUAUAUAACUAUUGUACCAGCGUCCACCAGUCCAGCCAGGGCAGGGGCUCCGUGCCUCCAUCAAAGCCCUCCAAAAAGUCCACCACUCCAGGGGGGGCGCAGUUUGUAGGCCUGGAGCUCUACAAGCGACUCAAGGAGUUCCUCAAGAAUUAUUUGACCAGCCUGCUCAAGGAUGGCGAAGAUCUAAUGGACGAGUGUGUGUUGAAGUUUUACACUCAGCAGUGGGAGGACUACCGUUUCUCCAGUAAGGUCCUCAACGGGAUCUGCGCCUACCUCAACCGCCACUGGGUCCGACGGGAGUGUGACGAGGGUCGCAAAGGCAUCUACGAGAUCUACUCGCUGGCACUGGUGACCUGGAGGGAGUGUUUAUUCCGACCCCUCAACAAACAGGUAACAAACGCUGUCCUGAAGCUGAUCGAGAGAGAGAGGAAUGGCGAAACCAUAAACACCAGACUGAUCAGUGGCGUUGUCCAGUCCUACGUGGAGCUGGGUCUGAACGAGGAGGACGCCUUCGCCAAAGGGCCCACGCUGUCUGUGUACAAAGAGUACUUUGAGUGUCAGUUCCUCACCGACACGGAACGUUUCUACACGCGUGAGAGCACAGAGUUCCUGCAGCAGAACCCCGUCACAGAGUACAUGAAGAAGGCGGAGGCUCGUCUGCUUGAGGAGCAGCGGCGUGUGCAGGUUUACCUUCACGAAUCCACACAGGACGAACUGGCCAGGAAGUGUGAGCAGGUCCUCAUAGAGAAACACCUGGAGAUCUUCCACACAGAGUUUCAGAACCUGCUCGACGCGGACAAAAACGAAGAUCUGGGCCGGAUGUACAACCUGGUGUCGCGGAUUACAGACGGUCUGGGUGAACUGAAGAAGCUCCUGGAGACUCACAUCCACAACCAGGGCCUGGCCGCCAUCGAGAAAUGUGGAGAGGCCGCCCUCAACGACCCUAAAGUGUAUGUGCAGACCACCCUGGACGUCCAUAAGAAGUACAACGCCCUGGUCAUGUCUGCUUUCAACAAUGACGCCGGCUUCGUGGCAGCACUCGACAAGGCAUGCGGUCGGUUCAUAAACAACAAUGCUGUCACCAGAAUGGCCCAGUCGUCCAGUAAAUCUCCUGAGCUGUUGGCCAGAUAUUGCGACUCUUUACUGAAGAAGAGCUCCAAAAACCCAGAGGAGGCUGAACUGGAGGACACACUCAACCAAGUGAUGGUCGUGUUCAAAUACAUCGAGGACAAAGAUGUUUUCCAGAAGUUUUACGCCAAGAUGUUGGCCAAGCGUCUGGUGCAUCAGAACAGCGCCAGCGACGACGCUGAGGCCAGCAUGAUCUCCAAACUCAAGCAAGCAUGUGGGUUUGAGUACACGUCCAAACUGCAGCGGAUGUUUCAGGACAUCGGCGUCAGUAAAGACCUGAACGAGCAGUUUAAGAAACACCUGACCAACUCGGAGCCUCUGGACCUGGACUUCAGUAUCCAGGUCCUGAGCUCUGGGUCCUGGCCUUUCCAACAGUCCUGCACCUUCGCUCUGCCUUCUGAGCUGGAGCGCAGCUACCAGCGCUUCACAGCAUUUUACGCCAGCAGACACAGCGGCCGGAAGCUGACCUGGCUUUAUCACCUGUCCAAAGGGGAGCUGGUCACCAACUGCUUCAAGAACAGGUACACACUGCAGGCCUCCACCUUCCAGAUGGCCAUCCUGCUGCAGUACAACACAGAGGACAGCUACACCGUCCAGCAGCUCACAGACAGCACACAGAUUAAAACCGACAUUCUGGUUCAGGUUCUGCAGAUUUUGUUAAAAUCAAAGCUGCUGGUGUUGGAGGACGAAAACGCCAACGUGGACGAAGUGGAGUUCAAGCCCGACACCGUCAUCAAACUUUUCCUCGGAUACAAGAAUAAGAAGCUGAGGGUGAACAUCAACGUCCCCAUGAAGACGGAGCAGAAACAGGAGCAGGAGACGACUCACAAGAACAUCGAGGAGGAUCGAAAACUCCUCAUUCAGGCGGCCAUAGUGAGGAUCAUGAAGAUGAGGAAGGUCCUGAAGCACCAGCAGCUCCUGGCUGAAGUCCUGAACCAGCUGUCGUCUCGGUUCAAGCCCAGAGUCCCCGUCAUCAAGAAAUGCAUCGACAUCCUGAUCGAGAAGGAGUACCUGGAGCGAGUGGACGGAGAGAAGGACACGUACAGCUACCUGGCCUGAACGCCCGCCUGCCCUGCCCGCCUGCCCCGCCCACCUGCCGGCUCUCCUCCUCCCUCUUAUUUUUAUUUGUUAUCUUAUUCAUUUUUUUUUUUUUAAUUUGAUGUCUGAGUAAAUAAAGUGUGGAUCCCUCUGAUCUGAGCGGCGGCCAUGUUGUCUGUGUGCAAGAUCAUGUGACCGCCUCGAGGGGCCCGUCCUGCCCCCCCCCCCCCCCUUUCCCGUAAGGACAACGCCACCCCAAUCCCCUCCCCACCCCACUGUGUCCACGCCGCCCGCCCCGUCCCAUCUGUAGGACACACACCGACACACACACAUGCUUCUUGUUGUCAUACUGUAAAUAUUCACCACAGACUCUAAGAGGAAAAAACAAGCCCUGCUUCCUUCUUUACAUAGCGCAAAUGUAAUGAAUUAGUCAACAGCCAAUCAGAGGAGAGCCGCAUCCAAAGGUUUCUGCAUGCUACUGCCUACCUGCACCACAGUGACCACGAUUAAAAGAAGAAACCGCUAGAAUACGAGUGGAGUCACUGGGCGCCGACUCGGUCCGCCGUACGACGAGGACGAGGGGGGGAGGAGCUUAUCUGCUGACGUCGUCUCAGUUUGUUGAAGGUCAGUCGGGUUCAUGCAGGAGGCCUGUUUCAUUACUGAACAGUGGACAUUUGUAUAGUGUGGUUCAUUUUCUAAAUGUGUGAAAAAAAUAAAAUCAAGGAAAGAUUUCUCUAA